AGCGGUGCUCGCUUCACUGCAGUCACAGCAUAUUUCCAUCUCCACUUCUCAACUUGUCAUCCUGCAAGACACCCACUCCAAGCAAUCCUUCUCGACCCGCCGUCUAGCCAGCCACAACGCGACAACGGUAUGUCAAGUCCAAUCGACGGCCAUCUUCAGUCCCAGCCACAGCGGCAGUCGUACAGAGAACAAGAAGGUGCGAUGGCAGAGCAAGAUGUAGGACUGCUCGCACCCGGGCCGGCAGCGUACCAGUACGAUACCCCAUACGAAGACGACGAUGGACCGUACAGGGAUAGAAUGAUGACCACUUCACCGUCGAUCGGUCCAUGGGACUCUGCUUCUCAGUGUUCAUUACCGCAUCACUCCCAGCCAGGUUUUCCCCUCCCACAACCAAGCCAUAUGCCACUUGCAGGCGAAGGUACCCAGCUGAGCGGGGAGAAGCAUCUCACUGAUAAACCGAGUUAUGGCGAUUUAAGCUAUAUCGACGAAGAUGGCGAGUAUAAUCGGACUGACAAGCUUCUCCCUGGCAGUACCAUCUUGAACGGUUCAAGGGCAUUCGACACUGUCGAGAUGGGCAACGUCAGACCCCUUUCUUCGUACGACGAUGAUCCAGCCAAGUAUGCUUCGUACCAAGACCAACCAUCUUAUCCUUACCCUCCCCAACAGGGUCAAGAAGGCGGAUUUGCAGGUUUCACGAGACCGAGCAACCUUUACAUCAUGUUACUCUUCCCAACUGGCCUUGAUAGGUUACUGUCACUGUUCAAUGUCAAGGCGGGUGCAUACCCGGUCGAGCAGGCUAUUGAGAGGAAAAAGAGAGGGUUGGGAGGGCAAAAAUAUCCUGUGGCCGCUUGGUGUUUGACAGCAGCGAUGACGGCUGUUAUGAUUUACGAAAUGGUUAGAAAUUACCAGGCUAUGGGAACACCUAUCGCAAUCAAGCCAACAUUCAACUACAUGAUCGGUCCAUCUUCGGAAGUUCUCAUCAACAUUGGAGCUCGUUUCCCACCUUGUAUGAAAAAUGUUUCGGCUUUACCAGCUACCUUUGAGCUUGCUUGUCUGAACGAUACCUCCAGCUCACCAACAACGACUUGUACCAUUGAACAAAUCUGUGGACAUGGCGGCUUCCACGGUGAAACUCCGGACCAAUGGUGGCGAUUCAUCCUCCCCAUCUUCCUACACGUCGGUAUCAUCCACCUCAUCGUCAACAUGCUCGUCCAAAUCAUCGUGUCUGCCCAAGUCGAGCGCGAAAUGGGGACUAUCCCAUUUUUGAUCGUGUACAUGCUGGGGGGUAUCUACGGAUUUGUUUUAGGAGGUAAUUUUACGAGGACGGGGAUACCGAGUGUAGGAGCGAGUGGAGCCUUGUUCGCGACUAAUGCGUGCGUGUUGGUGGAUUUGGUUUUACAUUGGAAAUACGAAGAAAGACCGAAAUUGAAAGCGUUCCUACUUUUCCUCGAAUUCGUUAUCGGUUUCGCCAUGGGCUAUAUCCCCAACGCGGUCGACGGCCUCGCGCAUCUCGGAGGCUGGGCAAUGGGUAUCCUGUGCGGUACCAUCCUCUACCCAGCUAUAACCGAGACGAAGAGGCGGAAAUAUGUGAUUUGGGGAUGUAGGGUCGUGGCAUUGGCGUUGAUUAUCAUGGCGAUGGUGAUGACUAUCAAAAACUUUUAUACAGACGACCCAAAUGAAGCUUGUGAAUGGUGCAAAUACCUAGCUUGUAUCCCUACAAGCUCAAACGAUUAUUGUACUGGUACCGGUAUCACAACUACAGGCACUUCUACUACGAAACGCUCUUGGGAUUUGCUAUGAGGAAGAGCGUCCCAUACACCCAACCCGUUUCAACCCUCCCCCAGAAGAAAUAUCCCGCACAAACGAAAAAAUGCCAUAUGUUCAACUAAAUUAACUUCGAAACGAAACAUCCACGAAAUUCACGAAGAAUAAACGGAAAAUGAUGGACAAUUUUUUAUCUGCAUAUUUAGAUCUACGUUAGACCAAUUUUUUGUACAUACUCUACCAUUUCUAAGUUAUACAAUGCACCUUUACUUGCCUGGAGUAGUUUUUCCUUUAUUUUUCCUGCUUGUAUGCAUAGCCUACCAUG